AUGGCGGCCGUGACCGGCGCCCACGCGGCCCUGUACGAACAGCCGAUCACGAUUGCGCAGGGCAAAGUGCAGGGCGCGGCGGCAUUCAACGCCUCGUACGGCUCCUUCUUCCCCAACUGGAAGGACAUCAGCGUGUGGAAGGGGAUCCCGUACGCGGCGUCGACGGCGGGGGAGAACCGCUGGCGGCCCCCGCAGGACCCCGCGGCGUGGAACGGCACGCUGCAGGCGACCGAGUUCGGCCCCGGAUGCCCCAGCUCCAGCGCGGCGACCACCAGCGAGGACUGCCUGUCGGUCAACGUGUGGAGCCCCGCGACCAGCGCCGACGAGAAGCUGCCCGUGAUGAUCUGGUCGUACGCCGCAGGCGGCACCUCAGGCAUGUCCACGUACGACGGCGGCGGCAUGGCCACCCACGGGGUUGUCUUCGUCAACUACAACUACCGGACCGGCCCGCUCGGGUGGCUGACGCUGCCGGCGCUAGCGGCCGAGGAUGCGAAAAACGUGUCCGGCAAUUACGGCCUGCUGGACCAGAUCCGCCUGGUGCACUGGGUGCGCGACAACAUCGCCGCGUUCGGGGGCGACCCGGACCGCAUCACCGUCUCGGGCCAGUCGUUUGGCGCCGGCGCCACCUACCACACGGUCAACUCGCCGCUGACCAAGGGCUUGAUCAAGGGCGCCAUUGCCGAGAGCGGCAUCAAGGACCCCUACGACCCCAGCCUGUGGGGGUACGGCAGCGACUACCGCAACAUGUCGUGGGCGCUGAGCUUCAGCGAGACCUACGCCGAGUCGCUCAACGCGACCACCGCCGCCGAGCUGCGCGCGCUCAGCGUCGAUGAGGUGCUCGAGGGCGCCGGCGUCAGCACCUUUGUCGGCUUUGACCCGGUCCUGGACGGCUACGCCAUCCCCAACAAGUACAUCGUCAGUCUGGAGGACGGCGCCCCCAACGACGUGCCCAUCCUGGUCGGCAACAACGCCGACGAGGACGACGUGUCGCUGACGCUGUCGCUCACCGUCGACGAGUACAUCGCCGAGGUCAACGAGACGUACGGCCCUGCCGCCGCCGCCCUGCUGGAGCUGUUCCCCGCCGCCAAUGCCACCCAGGCCGCCGACGCCUACAACGACAUCCUGCGCGCCAUCAUCCGCGUCUCGACCUGGUCCUUUGCCCGGCGCUGGCACCAGACCGAGUCCAGCCCCAUCUACCAGUACUACUGGACGCACGCGCCCCCCGGCCAGGACUCGGGCGCCUUCCAUGGCUCCGAGGUUCCCUACGCCCUCAACAACCUGUACGCCGUCACCACCUCCGACUGGGAGGCCGACGACUAUGCCAUCGCCCACCGCAUGUCGGCCUACUGGGCCAACUUCGUCAAGACCCAGAAUCCCAACGAGGGCGGCUCCUACAAGAACAACGGCUCCCUGCCCUACUGGCCCGCCAAUGUGCCCGCCAACAACGUCACCUUUGAGGUCGGCAAGGUCUGGGAGACCAUCCCGGUGGGCUCGCCGGAGCUCAUCGAUCUCAUGCUCGAGUACUUUUACUACGCCACUCCGGAUCCCAUGUAA